AUGGCGGUCUUCCGUGUCUAUAACGGCGUUCCCCAAGUCGACAUCAAAUCCAUUAAGAUUAGCGGCGGUUCCGACCUCAACAGCAGAAUGCUGGGCCUUAUGGCAUUUCAAGAAGGUACUAAGAGGCUCUAUCAUCAGGUCGUGCACCGCAGACUUCGAGAAAUCAGACUAGAGCAGCAGGAAAACGGCUCUCAAUUCGACUACGCCAAGUUCAAAACAGCCCUCGCGCGGGAAAAGUUCUUAUAG